AUUGGAGCGCGUGAGAGGAAGAAGUUACACGCACGUAAACAUAGUGGCUAGAUACGUUUACUGUAAAUGGUCAGGUCCUGGUUGCACCCCUGACCAGGACAACGGAAGGAGUCGCGGUGACCCAAAAAGGAAAGGAUGACCCAGAAGCACUACCUGGAGGGCCAGGUGUACUCUGUGCCGCUCAUCCAGCCCGACCUGCGCAGGGAGGAGGCCGUGCACCAGAUCGCCGACGCCCUGCAGUGUCUGGAGAAGAUCUCCAGCGACAUCUUCAGCAGGGUGUCCCAGAGCGUGGAGAGGAACCGCGCCCACCUGCAGGCCGUCAACGACCGCGUGCGGCUGGCCCAGGCCCGCGUGCACAAGAUCAAGGGCAGCAAGAAGGCCACCAAGGUGUUUUCUAGCGCCAAGUACCCCGCCCCGGAGAGGCUGCAGGACUAUGCCUCCAUCUUCGCGGGGGCGUCGGACCCUUCCGCUCAGAAGCGGCCCCGCUACAAGGUGCAGAGUAAGCACCGCCCCCUGGAUGACAAGGCGAUACAGGAGAAGCUGACGUACUUCCCUGUGUGUGUGAACACCACCAAGCGCACGGAGGACGAGGCUGAGGAGGGCCUGGGGGGCCUGCCCCGAAACGUCAGCUCUGUGAGCUCCCUGCUGCUGUUCAACACCACCGAGAACCUGUAUAAGAAGUACGUGUUCCUGGACCCCCUGGCUGGAGCGGUAACCAAGACGCACCACACCCUGGAGACGGAGAAGGAGGAGAAGCCGUUCGACGCCCCCCUGUCCAUCACCAAACGGGAGCAGCUGGAGAGACAGACGGCAGAGAACUACUUCUACGUGCCGGACCUGGGCCAGGUGCCGGAGAUCGACGUGCCCUCCUACCUGCCCGACCUCCCGGGCAUCGCGGACGACCUGAUGUACAGCGCCGACCUGGGGCCGGGCUUCGCGCCCUCUGUGCCCGCCAGCGGCGGCAUCCCCGAGCUGCCCUCCUUCGGGGGCGACGCCGAGGAGCCCAACGGCCUGGGUUUGCGCUUCAGCGUCGAAGCUCCGCCUCCACCGCCGCCCCCUCCUCCUCCUCCUCCGCCCGAGUCCCCGCGCCUGAACUCCGCCGCCCCGCCCGGCGCGCCCCCGGCCCCACCCCCGCCUCCGCCCCCUCCCCCUGCCCCGCCCUCCGGAGACAGCCAGCCUCCAGCAGGCGCGGUGCAGGGGGCCCCCUCGGAGGUGGCGCAGCCGUCGGACGGGCGGGCCAGCCUCCUGGAGUCCAUCCGCAUGGCCGGCGGCAUCGGCAAGGCCAAACUGCGCAACGUCAAGGAGCGCAAGAUGGAGAAGAAGAAGCAGAAGGAGCAGGAGCAGGUGGUGGCUGCCGCCAGCGGAGGGGACUUCAUGUCGGACCUGUUUAACAAGCUGGCCAUGCGCCGGAAAGGGAUCUCCGGAAAGGGCCCGGCGGCGGGAGAGGGGGCCGACGCCCCCCCGGCGGGCUCGGGCGGGGCCUUCGCCAGGAUGUCGGACGUCAUCCCGCCCCUCCCCGUCCCCCAGCAGCCAACCGCAGAGGACGAGGAGGACUGGGAGGCGUAACCGCGGAGACCUGUCCUCCUAUCGGAAGAGCUUGGGGGAGGGACGGAACUCCCUGCCUGCGGAAAAGGGGCGGGGCUUCCCGAUUCAGACAACAACUGGGAUAUUUUUGUCUAAUGACAAAUAGAAGAGUUUCCCCCCGAAAAUAACAUUAAGGCAUUUUACUAGCAUUUUGAAAACAGGAAUUCUGAAGUCUAGUGCCCAACCUUUCUUUUUCUUUUUCUUUUUUUUUUUUUGCCCGUCUUUUUUGGUUUUAUUUUGUCAGUGUAUGCUCUUUCUUUUUUUUUUUUUUUGAAGCGCAAUGCAGUUAUGUGGUUGGUUGAACAAAGCAUCAUCUUAGAUUUGUGGCCAGCCCUGGAGUCCGCGCGUCUGAAGUACCGUUCCGCUGCCCUCGCUCUCUGCCUCCCGUCUGCAGGCGGGUCGUAAUGGAAUAUCUCCGGUCACGCCUUUCUGAAAACGACAUGGCUCUCCCUCUGUCCCACACUAAAGCUUCUCCUGUGACCAGAAAACAGGGUAAUGACACUACCUUCUGUGGCCUUCUUGGACUCGAGCCAGUUUGGCUUUUUUGUGGCAUUAGGCAUAGAAUCCACCCGAGACUCCAUUUUGAUGGUUUUUUUUGGGGUUUUUUUUUUUGCGCUCUUCCCGAGCCUGUUGCGCCGUACGCCAUCCCACGGGCGAGCAGCUUCGCAGGGAGAGGGAGACUGCGGAGACGGCGAAACGUCGCACGCGGACCCCCGUCACCAGAUGGGCGAGGCGCGCGGGGGGGGGGGUGUCUGAAACGGGGAUCAACGGCUCGCUCCCCCGCCCCUCUGUCUCAGAUCUGCGGAUUUGUGGGUGUUUAUUUAUGGUGGUCGUCAGGGACGACCCUCGCUGGUUACGCACUGCUGCCGUGUGCCACCCGUGACUGCGUCAUUAGGUUUGGCGUCCCACCCCGCCCCCCCGGCCGCCACCUUGCCCAGACUGCGUAGAAAGGCACAAGCGCCUCUCUGUGUUGGUGUAAAAUGUGUGUCCCCCCUCCCCAUUGUCCAAGCUCAAGUGUGUCUGAUGUGCACCUCUUGAAAAUAUGUGUAGAGAUGCUGUGUCUGAUUUGUUUGUUUAGAUAUGGGGUGGAGAUGUGGAUUGUGUGCGUGCGUGUGUGUGUGUGUGUGAGAGAGAAUGCGUGUGUGUAUUAUAACAGCGGUUCUUCAUUUAUGGGGAUAUAUAUGUAUAUGCCUCCUGGACUGAUCAGUUUUGUUUUUCCAAUGUUUAAAACUAAUCUGCAGAAAUCUGUCACAGGAUAUGAUUUUGCAAACUGAAAAUAUAUAAUUGAUCUACACAGUAGUCCUGUUUCCGUGUUGUGGUGCUGAGGUGAGUGGAGGAAGUGUCGUCUUUUUGUGUGUCCAGUUCUCAGAACGCAAGGAUUCCUCUUGGUGAAUUUGACUGCAGGGACAUACAUAGCAAAGUGGAACAUUCAGCAUUUGCAGGGAAAAUGUUUUUUUGCUUCCAUUUCUGAUGGUGAAAUAAAAUACUAUCAAUAAAAUGAGAA